UUUGGUAGGUAUGCAUGUACAGUCGUUCAUCAAACCAGUACACGACAACUGUUGGAUGUUGGUCAAGUCGAUGUCAUACAUAGAUUACUCAUGUAUGUGUGCAUGUAUCUUGUCGCCUGUCAAUCAGUUGGAUGUAGUGAGCGAGCUAAGAUUACCGACCGACCGACGCUUGGCGCCACUCUACGCGGUCGCGUGGCUUCGACGCGUCUAGGUCUGUCUGGGAAUCGAAUCGAUCAACUCCAAGCGUGCCUUCUUCUCGUCGUCACUACCAACAAUACAAUGGCUUCUCCGCAGCAUUUGCGCGGUCGCUAUGCCCAUGCACCCGGGCCUACCUUCCUUGCUUACACGCCAGACGGCAAGAAACUGGUCACGGCCGGAGUCGACAGUUUUUGCCGCAUCUUCAACUCCCGAUCUGACCAGGAACCCACCAAUGUCGACGACUGCGAAGAGAACAAUGCAGCCAUCGUUGCUGGCAAUACUUUCUUCAUCAUCGUCGCAGAGAACGGCAACAUCAGCAGGUAUUCUCUGGCGAAUCACAAAUUCGAAUAUUAUCUAGAUCGCGUCUCUCUUCCGGCCCGAGAUGUUGCUCUCAGUCCGGACGAACAAUGGGUCGCUGUUGCUAGCGAUGAGCAUACAGUGCUUCUAGUCACCACCGGUGGAAGGCAUGAACGGCAGACCAAGAAGUUGUCUGACCACCAAGGUUCCGUUCAGCAUGUUUCGUUCGAUACUGUUGGUCAACGCUUGGCCGUAUCCUCGACCAACGGCGUCGUCUACAUAUACUCUCUCGAAUCGACGGAACCGAAGAUGAUCAAACAACUAGGCGGUCUGAUAAGGCGAUACGAACAAGGCAUCGAAUCGAGCUCCGAGGUGAUAUGGCAUCCAGAUGGCAGAGCGUUUGCCGUUCCAACUCCGCUACGAGAAAUCCAAGUCGUUUCACUCAACGACUGGGAAAAGCAGCAAACCUUCAAAACUCCCCAUUCUGCAGAUAUCACUGCUGCUUCCUGGUCUCCCAAUGGCUCAUUCCUGGCUACCACCGCAAGUGAUUUGAAACUUUGCCUUUGGGAUACGAAGACGUUGAAAUUAGUGAAGACGUACGACGAUGUCAAGGCAACUAUAACUGCUAUGAAAUGGCAUCCAACUGAUAACGUUUUGUCAUAUACCAAUUCGGAGGGCCAGCUCUACAUACACGAAGAUUUCGUUCCCUUGGAAUACGCGGAUCGUCUGCAAAAACCAGUUCAACCCGCCCCUUUCUUUCACGAUCCUGCAGAAGAUCGUCUCAGCAAUCCUACUUCAAAACCGGCCAAUGGACUCACGCGCACUCUUCCAGAACGUCGACAACGAGAAAUCUCUAUGGAUCCCCUCGAUGAAAUUCUAGGGGUCGAUUUCCAAGACGAAGAUAUGGACGAUUUUGUGGAUGAUGAUGAUGGUGCUGGCUAUGCGCCCGUUGUCAAUGGCCACGGGAAGCGUACGAAUGGCCAUCUUGACUCUCUUCAAUCAAAAGCCAAACGACACGCUCAAGCUUCCAAUGUCAGGCUGCCUGAUAUCCACGAACCCUUUCAACCCGGUGCAACCCCAUGGCGUGGCAAUCGGCGUAUGCUCUGUUGUUCGCUUUUUGGUUACGUUUCUACUGUUUCGCAAGAAGGCGACCAAAGUACCGUGGAGCUCAAGUUCGCCGACAAAAGAUACCGAGAUGCAAAAAUCUCUGACAUCUAUGGCUACGACAAAGCCGCGCUCAGCACGAAGGGUGCCCUUCUAUCCUGCCAGCCUGGCGAAGAGCAUCCAGCCAUGAUCUAUUAUCGCCCGCAUGGUACAUGGACGGCAAAUUCUGAAGACUGGCGAACUAAGCUGCCCGAUGGUGAAUCAGUGACCUCAAUCGCGCUGAGUGAAAGCUACGCUGUCGUGACUACAAGCUCAAAUUACGUGCGAAUCUACAGUUUGUUCGGUCUUCCUAUACGCAUAUAUCGGCAGAAAUCGUCGCCAGCUGUAACGUGCGCGGCAUGGCGCGACUACGUUCUCACAGUUGGCAAUGGUCCUGUCGGCGCUGACGGGACAUCUCAACUUCUCUACACCAUCGAGAACGUAAAGCGGGACGAAGUUUACCAAUCGGAGGACAUUGUGGCUUUACCAAAAAACACAACAUUGCAAUCUGUUUUCUUCUCAGCAGAUGGCGACCCUUACAUAUAUGACUCUGAUGGUGUGCUCCUCACAUUACUUCGAUGGCGAAACACUGGCCAGGCUCGAUGGGUUCCCAUGUUAGAUACGAGGAACCUUUCACGACGUGUAGGCGGCGGGAAGGAAGAAACUUAUUGGCCUGUUGGAGUACAAACCGACGAGAACAAUAACCGUGUCUUUGAGUGUUUCAUUGUCAAGGGCAGUGAAAGGUAUCCCACCAACCCUCCACCCUUGUUAAGCCAAUUCCCCCUGGAAAUACCCAUUUCGUCGUCCAACGAGGACGCUUCAGCAAAUGAACUCGAACAUGAAUUUGUUCUCUCAACAAUCCUUCAUACCCAACUCACGGAAACUCUGUCGCACACUCGACCGACGGAAGAGCAGGAUGCCGAUUUGCGGGAUUUAGAAGGACGUGCUGAUGCGGCGCUGCUGCGCAUGUUGCCUCCGGAAUGCAAAGUCGAACAGCGCAAUCCCAAAGCUUUAGAGUUGGUGGAGCUUAUGCGGGAUAGUAACGAUAAGUUUAUCAAGGGUGCGCUGAAGGCAGCCGAACGAUUCGCAAAGAAUCCAGAGUUGAUCAAGAAGAUGAAGAAGAUACAAGCGAGGAAAGAUAAGGCGAGGCUGACAGGUGGUGAAGUGGAAGACUUGAUUGAAGAUGAUGAUAACGACGAUGACGAUGAUGUAUAUGGAGACUUCUAA